CGAUGCGCGCAAGAGGUAACGCGCGCGCGUGUGACAUGAUCACCGGGAAGUCCGAGGAUGCCACGUACCGCAAACCCAACCAACAUGCCUGGAUGCCUCCCUUGUAGGGUCAGAAAGAAACGAUGUCCUAUGAUCGAGUACAAUGAAGCUGGCUGCCAUGCAUGCCAAAGGUUCAACUUCCAUUGCGAAGGCUUCGGGGAAAAGCUCCCCUUGUGGGCGAAGGAUCGGGAUAAAGUGCAGGAAUAUAGGGCCGUGCUUGCACAGUCAGCUAAAGGCCGAUCUGUCCGGCCAAUUCCGCUCGGCGUUGUUCAUCCAUCUCACCACCAGUGGGCUCGCUCGGGUCUCCAAUAUCAGCGAAAGGCCCCUCGUUCCAUGCUUACCACGAUAAGGCCCCGUUUUUUCCAUUGAAUAUUGGACAGGGAGAAAGCGAUCGAGAAGCA